AUGUUUAUUUGCAUCUUUCAAAUUCUACUUUUUAUCACAGGAACUCUAGCAAGAAGUGGUAAUGUACCAUACCGUCCGAAUAACGUAAACAAUGGUUUGCUCGCCUUGAACAAUAACAAUAACAACAAUGAUGGUAGCGAUGUGGCAACUGCCGGCUCCGCUGCUGUAAGCGGUAGUGUUCUGUUCUUACCUUCCUCCUUGAUUUCAAGCUACACCGCAGACACGGAAUCUCAAUAUAACACUGGAGAUGAGUCCUCUGAUCUAUCGCAAUUUUUGAAUGGUGGGGGGUUGCAAACGGCACUACAGAAAACUACAACUGGAACUGAUGACCUUUUUGGAAGUGCCGCCACCUCAGUUGUGCUAGAAGAAGCAUACUCUUCUGAUAGACAAAAAGAACUAGAAACUACUCUUUCUACAACCUCGGUGGUUCCUUCAUCCUCUACAAGCAUAACAACAUCUCAGUCUAGUGUAACCUCGGCAUCUUCUUCUUCUACCUCUAGCAUGCCUAAUGAUCCGGAAUACAGUAAGCAGAUCAGCGCUGUCAGCAAGUCAUUGGCUAGAGGAAGCACUUACAAGGGUGCUGGAUCUGCACUAGCGCCAGGAAUCUCUAUUCUUCUAUCGGCUCUUGUAUCACUAUUGACUUAA